AACCUCUUAACCAUCUUCAGUCUCUGUAGUUGCUCUCAUCCAGAGUCACCUUCAUUAUGACAGAACGAACUGACCAACCUGACUCUGGUGAGCAGCUACGGAGUGCGAUUUCCCAUCAGGGCCUGUUACUAGGCCAGCAUGAAACCCUGAUACAAACCAUGGUCCAGCAGCAAACUCAAGUGAUGCAGACAAUGAGCACUCUCACCCACGAGCUUCAGGACAUGAAAGCCUUGCUGAACUUAAAUCAACCUACCUCCGUUCCUCCUCCAGCUCCAAGGCCUCCCGCUGUAGCCGCUCUGCCGCCCGUUCCCGGAGUCGGUGUCUCAAUCCCAGUCCCCGAACCGUUUUCAGAACCCCCAACAACAUCAGCAACAUGUCCGCCAGGUGCUUCAACGUCUUCUGGAGAACCGCCUCUUCGUUAAGGCUGAGAAGUGCGAGUUUCACCAAAGAACCAUCAGCUUCCUUGGCUUCAUUUUCGAGGGUGGACAGGUGAAGACGGACCCCGGAAAGGUGGAGGCAGUCGUCAACUGG